CAGUUCAAGCAUCAGUUGAAUGGCGCCAUUCAACGAUAUGACUACAAACCUUUAGAGCUAUAUAGAACAGUGCUUCAGUGACAAAAUGUUCGUGAAAAGUGUACUUGUGACUGUUGUAGUGUACGUGCAUCUAUCAAAGGCUGUUAUAGACGGAUCCGAAUCGAAUACGAUAUCCGAACCGCCGAAGAAUAUCUCGGAAAGAGCGGGAAGAUUUUUGCAUAAAGACUGUAAUAGCAGUCUAAGUGCUAAAUGUUUAAAAAUUCAUGUGCUAUCCUUUAUAGAGGAUCUUAGCUCUCGCGAUGAGCUUCCUCUUCUACCAGGGUUAAGCAUUGUGAAGGAGAAUAGAACUAUAAACUCAUCGACUCCUGAGGAAUUAGCAGCGGAAUUAUCCAGGCAGUUCCCUGGGAAGCCUGAUGAGAAACUAAACAGGUUCUUGCUUCAUCGACUCCAAGACUAUUUGGAUGGGCAUUCAUUGAAGUAUAGGCUGUUGGAUCCAAAGACUUCUGAAGAAGCUAUGUCUAAAGGGGAUCCGGCUUCUAUUGGGAGGAAAAGCGGCGGCGGUGGCGGUCUCGGCGGCGGCGGCAAAGGCGGCGGCGGUGGCUUGCUGGCGGCCGCUAUGAUGAUGAAAGGAGCAUUAGCAGCAGCAGCCCUUGGUGCCCUAGCCUUGCUAGCAGGCAAAGCUCUCAUGGCUGCCCUAAUGUCCCUCCUCCUGUCCGCCCUAGUAGGCCUUAAGGGACACGGCGGAGGAGGCAAGACUACCUACGAGAUCCACGCGAAACCAGAGGUCUCCCAUCACCACUCGCACAGUCACGAGGAACAUCACGAACAUGAACAUGGACAUCACGGCGGGUACAGGAGGGCAUAUGAACCGGAUGCCUAUAGCAGCUAUAUGCCAUAUGGGACUUCGAGUACUAGCUCAUAA